AUGGCCAAGAAAUUAUCGCCGCUGGCCUUUACACAGACUGUAGUCAAGUCAUUCAUGGCCCAGUCCGGCCUGGAGCCGCAAUUGCUUGGUGCCAGUCGUUUUCGUGUGACAAGUGCUGCCAAAGGCAAGGUUGAUUUUGAGUUGGACAUACACCGGGACCACACCAACCGCUUAAACACCAUACACGGGGGCACAUUGGCUGCCAUUGUCGACCUAGGCGGCAGUUUGGCCGUCUCGUCUCACGGAAGAUGGAAGACUGGCGUGUCAACCGACAUCAACAUCAGCUACUUGAAUCCAGGCGGUAAACCUGGUGAUAUCCUCAAGGGCGUGGCCGUCUGUGACAAGAUCGGCAAGACGUUAGCAUACACGACAGUUCAGUUCUUCAACAGCAAGGGCCAGCUGGCAGCUCGAGGCAGCCACACAAAGUUCGUCGCUGGCACGGAGAACGAGUUGGGAGAGUACGUUGUCCCGCAAGAGUUCUCAGAAGUCGACUAG